CGAACUGCGGUCACAUGCUCCUUGUGUUCCAAAUAUCUGCAUUCUCCGCUUUGUCGAACAUGACUGCAACAGUGUUGCGACCUCGACUUGCGUCCUACUUCAAGUCCUUCAGCAGAGGAUCGUGUCUCACCGGCUGGACGUCUCUUGAAGUGCACUCUAAUCUGUCUGGACUCCAAACCAAUUAUCGUCGACCUGAAGUUCAACCUCUCCGCCGCUACACAGACUUGUCGACGCUAAAGUACAACAUGAUUUACACUUUCCCACACAUCAAACUCCUCAGAGCGGUUUCCAGGAUGAAGUUACUGCAGACCGGACUGACGGUUGUUGUGCUGCCGCCAGUCUACUCCCUCUACCUCCUUGGAGACGCACCCCUCUCUCUUGUCACCUACUCGACAGGAAUAGCAUUGUUCGCCGGCAUCAUGCUGUACACGGCGAGUCACUUCUUCCGGCGGGUGGUGGGGAUGAUGUACUUGGACCCGACCCAGACCACGCUCAAAGUUUCCCACCUUACAUUUUGGGGCAAGAGACAUGAUCUGUACAUGCCAGUGGCCGAUGUGAUGCCUAUUGCGGACACUGGGGACUCUGCAAGUGAGGUCGUCUUCAUGCUGAAGAGAUACAGUACUGUGGACACGCUGUAUUUCUUCUCUCAUCAUGGACGAAUAGUGGACAAACAAGGAUUUGAGAGGGUUUUUGGGAGUUUGUAAUAACACGAAUUUAUUUUGUUUUAUUUUUUUUUAAUAAUGUAAUGUUAUUUAUGGAUAAUACUCAGGU